UCGCCAUCGCUCCAAACGAAUCCUUCUCCAUUGCCCCCACAAAUAUGCUUCUCCUUCCCUUCCCCCUCUUUCACUCCUCUUUCUCUCUCUCUUUCUCUCUCUUCCGCCAUUGUUUCUCUGCAACUUUCCUCCACAGCCAUGACUCCGCAAUCCACCUAUCUCCAAGUCCACAUCGCCGCCCAGCAUACUUUCUUUCUCAGCGAGAAGGUUAUUUCGGCUUAUUCCGCAAGAUUCCGGCGGAUUAGCAAGCAGCAUAGGCGAGCGAGAAGGCGAACAACCACAACAACUGCAUUUGGUGCUAGUUCCAGCGAUGAUUUCUCUAAUUCCGCUAUUGAGAUCGAUGAUUUUCCUGGAGGAGUGAAUGGAUUCGAACUCAUCUCAAGAUUCUGCUACAACCGCGCUCAAAUCGACAUCACUGUCUCUAAUGUUGCAUUACUCCAUUGCUGUGCCGUGUUCCUUGGAAUGACGGAGGAGGUCGCCGCUGGGAACCUCAUCCUCCAGACUGAGAAUUUCCUCGACGGAAUCUUUUACUGGUCGUGGAGUGAUAUAUUGUUGUGCCUUCGGAGUUGCGAAUCCUUUUUCGCUUUUGCAGAUUCGUCAGGGCUUUUGCAGAAGCUCGUUUGUGCUUUAUUGGCCAAGAUUGCACAGAAUUCCAAUGCGAGCCUCGUCACUCCUUCUUCCUCUUCUUCUUCCUCCUCGCCUGAUAAUGCGUCUGGUAAUUCAAGAUUAUCUACCAAAUUGUGGUGGUUCGACGACAUGUCGUUAUUGCCUGCUCGGAUCAUUGAAAAAGUCGUACAGGGGAUGGGGAGCUACGGGAGCAGCAAUAACAGUUUGAUUCUCACCAGAUUUCUCCUCCAUUACCUCAAAACCGCUGCUCAGAGCACUGUUGGGUAUGGGAGUGGGCGGCCGAGGGGAGAGUACGGCGGGCUAGCCGACACCGCAGUGCACGGGGUGGUAAUGGUGGGGAAAAGUAUGUUUUCUUGCCGGGGGCUGUUCUGGGUGUUGAGAGUGGUGUCUGGUUUUGGUCUGAGCAAAGAUUGCCGGAGUGGGCUGGAGAGGAUGAUCGGCGGGAUGCUGGAUCAGGCCAAACUGGAUGAUUUGCUGAUCUCCGGCCACCACAAAUGCACUUACGAUGUGAAUCUGGUGAUAAGAUUAAUCAGAGUAUUCGUGAACAACGAUGGAGCUUUGUCUGUGCACAAGCUGAAAAAAGUGGGGAAACUGGUUGAUAAGUACUUGGGGGAAAUUUCUCCUGAUCAAAACCUCAAAAUAUCCAAAUUCUUGGGAGUUGCCGAGAGCUUGCCGGACUGUGCUAGAGAUUGCUUCGAUGGAGUUUACAGAGCAAUUGACAUCUAUCUAGAGUCUCAUCCAAAUCUUUCAAUGGAAGAGAGGUCGAGGCUAUGUAGAUGUCUAAAUCAUGAGAAGCUGAGCCUAGAGACAUGCAAGGCCUUGGCAAAGAAUCCAAGAGUGCCGCCAAGGAUAGCAGUGGAGGCACUGAAGUGUCAGGCAAUGGGAGGUGGUCGUUCAAGCAAAGAGGAAACGACGGCGACCGCGUCGGCGAUGGCAAUGGUAGCAGCAGCAGGGGAGGAGGAUGAUCGGAGCAGUACUGAGUAUUACAGCAGCGAGUGUCAAAGGGUUUUAUCAAGUAGCAGCUUUGAGUCAGAAGGGUGUAGCAGCAGCACAGGCCAAGACACCAACAACAACAACAACAACCAAGACAUGAAACUAAACCUGCAAAGGAUGCAAUGGAGAGUGGUAGAAUUGGAGAAAGUUUGUAGGGAAAUGAAGAGUAACAUGUCCACUUUGGUUAGACAAACUGCCAUCACUUCACCACCUACUUACCACAGAGCCUUGCCUAGACUAUGUUAAACUAAAUCGACUCAUCUCGUAAGUAUCUUCUCACACACCAUCAUUAACUUUUUGGUCGAACAACAUGUACACACACCUAUGUAGCCAAGUAAUGUCACAUACCUAUUGUAUCU